AUGUCUAGGAAGAUCAAUUCAAAACAUAACCAUUCGAAGCACAAAAAUAUUUCUGCAUUUCCAAAGCUACCAAAGCAUUUUGCUGAGCAAGUAAUCGACCUUGAGUCUGACCUCGACACAAAUUGUACCGCCCUUGGUGCAUCAAAAUUAGUCGAGCUCUACUCAGUGAUUUUUAUUUAGGCUGCUGUAGAAUAUUAUGGUUCAAUAAAAGACACCCGAUAUUUGCAUUAUAAAGAACGCAUCCAGCAAUUGCUGGCCAGAGAUGAUGUAAUCAAUGUUUUGAACCAUAAUCAGCCCACAAAGUUGGAGCGCAGCAGAAGUGAAGAUCAGCUUCCUAGCAACGAAUUUGAGCUAGAAGAACUGAAAAUUCCGAAAUCUGACCAAAUAAACUUACAUUUUACUUCACCUUUAGCAAUUAAAAAAGAUGCAGAAGAUAUAAUAAAUCAACAUCUCAAUACAAGUAUAACGUAGACAUAUUUUUGGAUCUCUCUGGAGCAAUACUUAACAGAGGUAAAUAGUGAUCUGAAAAAUCAGACUCAAAAUGACAAACAAUAUUUUAUGGCAAGUUUAUGUUGGCUUGGAAAACAGAACCUAUAGAUAAAAUUUGCUAAAUUUUAUCUGUACUUAUCAGAAGAACGGCAGUUGUGAUCGCCAUUUUGACUUAUAGGUUUUUACUUUACCUCUUAAGGUAUUACUCCUCAGCAAUCUAAAUGAGUUCUCGAGCUAUACCUCUACAAGUGAAAAAAUAUGUGAAAACCUUAGGAGCCAAGAAGGAAAACAUCUAGAGAGAAGAUUAAAGCAGAGGAGGGCCAAUAGUCCUCAAAUUUUGCAUAAAUCAAAUUUAGCACCUGUAGAAGCUGUUAUGAAAAUCACUGCAGAGCAAAAGCUUGAAAGAUAUCAGGAUGAGAUUGAAAAAGUAAUGGAAAAAUAUAUUGAGGAAAAAAUUACAAGAAUUCAAGGAAUUAAGAGCAAGUAUAAAGAGCAAAUAAAUGAAUUAGCUGCAGGAAUGAAUAAUGGUAAAUGACAUAUAGAAACUAUGGAACUUCUUAGGAAUCAGAUGGAGCAGGAUAUGGAAAGUGAGAUUAAUCUUGUGACAGAACAAUUGGAUAUUGAAAGGAAGAAAGAAAUUUCACAAAUCAAGAAAAAAUUCAAAUAA